GAACUUUGUGGCUGAAGCUGAUAACAAAGAAGAAAUGCUUUUGUUCUUGUUGCCUUCAGGAUGUGCAACAUAAAUUAUUCAUUUUAUUUAUUUAUCUUCGAUAAAUUAUUUUAAACAAUUGCUGCUAUGAUACAUGACGAAUAAAUGUUUAACUUUAGUUUUCCUCUUCCAUAAUAACCUAAAACAUCUUUUAGGCGUAAAAUGUAUUACUUUAAUUGAGGUUGACCAUUAAUCCUUAAUUAGUCGUUUGUGUGUGCGUAAAAAACAUUUUUACGCACGAAUCCAAACGAGAAGAGAAUCACCCGGAAAGCUGCAGGUAGACCUGAGAGCGCUCGUUUGUGGCUCAAGAUCAGGCGCUCGUCGAGAGACAAGAGGAAAGGAGGGAGGAAGAGGUGGAGGGGGAGCCUCAAGGCCAAAGUGAGCUUUAUGUACCGCAGCGGGUCACUUUCUGUGAGCCAUUUGGAGCCAGAGGCGACCCGGAGCGCGCAGGAGCCGCACCAAACUGAGGCAGACCAUCAGUCCCAAUCACUGAGGCCAGCAGCAAGGAGCACAUUGCUCCACACAAGGAAGAGAGAGGGGAAAAAACACAGACAAACAGACACGGAAGAGAAGUGAGAGAAAGAGAGAGAGGUUGAGUGCGGGACGGUCGGCAAAAAAAAAAAAAAACGCACUGUGGAACUUUAAAGUGUGCGGGAUCAGGAGGAAACAGGCUCGAGUGGCCGCGUAGGGUCGGAGAAGAUGCCGCGGGUAGUCCCGGACCAGAGGAGCAAGUUUGAGAAUGAGGAGUUUUUCCGCAAGUUAAGCAGAGAGUGUGAGAUUAAAUACACUGGCUUCAGGGACCGGCCCCACGAGGAGAGGCAAGCCCGCUUCCAGAACGCCUGCAGGGACGGACGAUCAGAAGUCGCCUUCGUGGCAACAGGAACAAACCUCUCCCUGCAGUUUUUUCCAGCCAAUCUCCAUGGCGACCAGAGGCAGGUGCCAUCACGGGAAUACGUCGACUUCGAAAGAGAGACGGGAAAGGUCUAUUUAAAGGCGCCUAUGAUCCUGAAUGGGGUUUGUGUGAUCUGGAGAGGCUGGAUUGACCUACAGCGGCUGGACGGGAUGGGAUAUCUGGAGUAUGAUGAUGAGCGAGCGCAGCAAGAGGAUGCUUUGGCUCAGGCAGCAUUUGAGGAAGCUCGGCGCAGAACCAGAGACUUUGAGGACAGAGACCGAUCACACCGAGAGGAUUUAGAGGACCCUGUGGUUUCUAAAAUCUGGGACUGAUGACACACAGAAAGACAGACAGCCAGCAGAAAAGAACAGGACGACAGCAGGACCCCAGCCCUGGCUCAAACAUGGCCAACGCUGACAUGGAACACAAGAUGCGCUGAGGAUGGAAGAAGGAAGAAAAAAAUGGAAACUGAGGCAGUUUGUUUGUUUGUUGCUCGAUUUCAACGCAGUCAGCAUGAGACCGCGCUCAUUGGCCAGUUGUUUUGCAUUAUUCCUCAAAAUUGCUAUAUUUUUCAAACUUUUGAAGGCAGACAGAAACGGAGAUAUAAAAUUAACAAAAACGAUUUAAAAGAAACCAAAGACUUAAGCAGGAAUGUUUGGAUGAAGAAAGAAAAAGAACAGUUAUUGAGAUUUUGACUUAAUUUGGAGAACUUAGGCAAAACGUUGAUAAUGAGAGAAAGAGGAAGAGGUGAGAACAAGAAGGAGCAGAGAAAAGGUAGAAGUCGUUGUGGCUCAGGGUCACGGUCAGGGCUUACGUUCACAGCAUGAAUCAAAUGUGAGGUUUCAACAGUUCAUGAUGUUAAAAUCUAUAUAUAUAUAUAUA